GCCAAGAUGACUGCAGUUGGAAUAACAGAAAAUGUAAAAGGUGAUAUUAAAAAAUUUGAAAUCUGGUAUAAUGCAAGGGAAGAAGUUUACAUAAUACAGGCUGCAACUCCUGAAAUCAAAGCUACCUGGGUAAAUGAAAUUAGAAAAGUAUUGACCAGCCAAUUACAGGCUUGCAGGCAAGCUAGCCAGCAUAAAGCUGUUGAACAUACUCAGAGUUUACCUUUGUCUCUCUCAGCUAACACCAGCCCUUCAAAAAAUGAGGGAAGGCACUUGAGAAAACAAGAAAUGAGAAAUGCAGACAGUCCAGAUGGUUCUGUCAGUUCAGUAGCAUCAAAGAAUCUUGAAAAAAGCAAAGGUUGGUCUAAAACAUCUCAAUCUCUUGAUGCUUCUGAAGAAAAUGAUGGUUGGUCUAGUGCAGAAGAUCCACUUAAUUCAUCAGAUGCAGAAGAAGAGGGAAAGGGAGAAAAGAAAUUGGUUCCUGGUAAAUAUACUGUUGUAGCCACUUAUGAUAAAGGCAACUCAAAUGGCUUGAUCCUGAACAGUGGCGAGUUAGUUCAGCUAAUCCAUGAAGGAACAGAUGGUCUUUGGUAUUGUAUUUUAAUACAAAAUAUAUUGAAAUAUAAUUUUGCUCAGUAUACACUAUUCUAGAUAUGUAACCAUAUUUAAGAAAUCUUGAAGAAGCUUAGAAUAUUGCUUCCACACACCCCUUAUAAGAACAGUCUUUGAUAAAGUUACAACAAUACAGUAUAGAGCAAACUAAAACAAUUCAGUAUAAAUAGC